CAAUAACUCCAGGCCAGGUUCGUCAAACACUGCGUGAUCGCACCGACUCGUCUUGGCAUCGAACCGCAUAUAUAAACGGAGAUCUGCCAGUCCUAGUAUAAAGGACUGAAGAAGCUGUGCACGCGUGCUUCUCUGAAGGAUAGCCCCACAAUUCGCCACCGGUCAUCCAGUCAUGGCUUUGAGUACUAUUGCCGAAGAAGCGAGCUUCAAGGACAAUAAUUGUGUCCAGACUGUCAAUAUAGACUGCCCACUGGCAGAACCACAGAUGCAGCCUUACCGGAGGACAGUCGAUAGCCCCGCCGCAAUUUUGGGCUUGAUAUCCUUGGGUACUGUCUUCCUGUCUUUGUCAAUACCGACGCUCGCCUUCAGGAGCGUCAACCCACCCAGCUUGAUCGUAGUGAUCGCCACCUUUUACGGCGGCAUCUCGCAAACAAUUGUGGCCAUAUGGGAGAUAUCCCUUGGCAAUACUUUCAGCGCAACAGUUUUUGCUACCUAUGGAGGUUUCGAUUUCGUAUAUAGUGCUAUCUGUUUACCUCGAAUCAGCCUUGCGGGCGGGGCCGUCGGGCAGCAGUUCUACAACGCCAUCGGCAUUUACCUCGGCAUCUGGGGCUCGACUAUAUUUCUUCUCCUCCUUGGUGCACUUCAAACCAAUAUACCCUACAUUGCAACGCACGCAUUUAUUGUUUGUGCGCUCGCUUGUCUUUCCUUGAACGCUUUCACUGGCCCCUGUCAACGUCUAGGCGCUAGAGUCCUCGGCAGAACGUUCUUCUCCUGUGUGAUUUUGAUAUGGUCUUCAACUUGCACUGGAUUUGCUGUUGAAAUAGUGUAUAUUGGCUACACUCAUGUGAAAAGCACGGGUGUCGGAGCCGCAGUUUUGCUCGGGCAUUUACCCAAUGGUCACGAAAUUUGGCAAACGUUGAUCAAAAAUUGCCAUUCCUCAGAAAGACUUAUUAGUCCACAGAUCCGAAAUGAAUGCUGUAAUGGACCGAACAUUUGCUCGAAGUGUUGAGCCCAAGUUGAGUCAGGAGGUCGACUAUCUAGGUUGGGAUAGCGACUAGGGUAGCCUCCUGUUCGUUUCACGGCUUGACCACGGGCUGUGCCGUGACAGAUAUAUAAGCGCCCAGCUCUCGUUUUCGUACGUGCUUAGAAAUCGGAUCCCAACUUGUUGUCGCACUGAGGGAAAUCUCUCAAAUCAGCUACCAGAUAGGAAGCCAUGAUGUUUUUGCCUCCGCUCGGGAGGGGCCAAAUGACAUUUGACAUUUCCCAACAUUGUCACCGAAUGCUCACCGAACCAGGCGACAUGCUCGAUGUCACUGACAAUAAUUCGACGCCCUUCCAUCUGUUGACUUGCGC